UCGUCAACAAUGGGAAACAUUGUAACGCCUUUCAAACAACAACAACCUUCUUUUGCUUACCAGCCUCUCACCGUCCCUCUACUUUCAGUGGAGGCACAAAACGAGAAUCUGAAAGUCUUCAGAUUUACGGAUUUGAAGAAAGUAACCAAGAAUUUCAAAAAAGACAGGGUAGUAGAAUGUGAAAAUGGCUCUGUUCGAAAUUUCUACAAGGGAUACAUCGAUGAAACCACAUUUGCUCCAUCAAGAACUGAAACAGGAAUCGCUGUUUCUGUCAUGGAAUUGGAAUGUGAUAGGUCAUGCUCUCUACAGGACUGGAUGGAAAUAGUGAGGUCUCUAGAACACAUUUCUCAUCCUAAUUUGGUCAAGCUUUUGGGUUACUGUUGUGAAGAUAACAAAUCACUCUUCUUGGUUUUCGAACACUCGCACAGAGUACGCUUGGACAGUCGCAUUUUCGGAAAAGAUGAAGAAGAAGCAUUGUCAUGGGAAAUACGGAUUAAGAUAGCCAUUGGAACAGCUCAAGGUCUCGCCUUUCUCCACUCGAUCAACAAGUUCCCGAUAAAUCGAGAAAUCAGAAUGCAUAACAUUAUGCUUGACGAGGUGAUGAAGGUCGACAUGCUGGAAUAUUCAAAUGCCUACCUCCUGAAUGUGAGUCAGCAGGUUGUUUCGGAAUGGAGUCCGAUGUUUACAUAUUUGGUGUGAUCUUGCUUGAGCUUUUAACUGGUUCGAGAUAUGAAGGAACAAUCAAGAACAGGCAAAGCUUAGAUAAUCAUAAGAUUGCGGAAAUAAUCGAUCCUCGACUUGGGAACCUUUA